CGGGCAUGCGUCAACGUGGGCACCCUCGUACUUCUCACCACGACCCUUCUCGCCCUCUUCAUGGGUUACCCCUUGAUGACGAGGUUCUAUUUUACGAGGCCAGGAAACAAAGGUGGCUUCAAUGUGGGAGGGACCAACGCCAGCGGAAUGAUUCCUGAUCUCGCUUCCUUGGUGACUGGGCUCAUCGAUGUAGAUACGCCACAAGAAGCGCGUAUCAGCACUAAAAGGGGACUAAAUGACGACGAAGAGUGGAAUCUCGUCUUCAGCGACGAGUUCAACACCAACGGCAGGAGCUUCUACCCAGGCGACGAUCCGUUCUGGGAAGCCCACAAUCUCUGGGCUCACGGCACCGUCGACUAUGAAUGGUAUGAUCCGGCGGCCAUCACAACAAAGGACGGUGCACUCGUGAUUACUGCUUCCGAGCAGGCCCUCAAGAACCUCAACUUCCGCUCGGGCCAACUCACAAGCUGGAAUCAGUUCUGUUUCACGGGAGGGUACAUGGAAGCCGCGGUCGUCUUACCUGGCGAUCCACACGUUUCCGGAUGGUGGCCUGCCAUUUGGACGAUGGGCAACUUGGGCCGAGCCAAUUACGGCGCCACGACCGACGGCAUGUGGCCUUAUGCAUAUGACACCUGCGAUCGCGGAACUCUCAUGAACCAGACCGACCCCGACGGUUCAGGACCCAGGUCUGUGUUUGUCACUGGUGCUGAGACAGGCUUCAACAAGAUCUACCACACGUCCUCGCUUUCUUGGGCCCCGGGCCAGAAGCUCUCUUCCUGUACUUGCGACGGUGAGGACCACCCUGGUCCCAAAAAGGCAGGUGGGGACUACGUUGGACGAAGCGCGCCGGAGAUCGACCUCUUCGAGGCACAGGUCGACGCGAAUACGGGCGGCUCCCUGAGUCUCUCUGGCCAAUGGAUGCCCGCCAGUGCCGGCUACCGACUCAAAAAUGGGACGGGAAAGGAGUACGACCUAUUCAACAUUCAUGGCAAGGACGUCACCAUUAAUUCGUACCGUGGAAACGUUUACCAAAUGUCGGCCUCGGCGAUCGCUCAUACUGAUCCAGACACGUACGAGCUGACGGGCAAUAAGUUUGCUGUCUUCGGCAUCGAGUACGAGCCUGGACCUGACGGUUACAUUUCCUGGUGGAUUGAUGGCAACCGGGCGUGGACCAUUCAUGCGGCAGCCAUGGCACCGGACGAAGAAGCGGGAGUCGGGCCGCGACCGAUCCCUGAAGAGCCAAUGUAUAUCAUUAUGAAUCUGGCCAUCAGCAGGGGCUUCGGCUACGUCAAUUGGGACAAGCUCACCUUUCCGGCGCACCUCAAGGUCGACUACAUCCGCCUUUAUCAAGCGCCUGGAAAGGAAAAUGUUGGGUGUGAUCCAAAGAAAUUUCCCACCAAAGACUACAUCGACAGGCACAUCCUUGCCUAUACCAAUCCCAACCUGACCGUCUGGGGUGGCUACCAGGAAGUCGGCGGCUACGGGCAGGUGUGGCCCAAGAACCGUCUCUAUGGCUGCAACGAGGAGCCUAGAAAUUACGCAGGACCUUUGCGAGGAGGAGGGUAUGAUGAGGCUCCCGCCUCCGCAUCGAAAAACAUUCCGAUCGAGAGCGACAACAAUUGAACGACCCAAGUGCCUGCUUACACUGUAUUGAUGUUUCAUCUGUCUGUACUUUCCUUCAUAUUUCCCUCCUUUUCAUCGUCGAGGUUAAUAAUGCCAGAUUGCUG